AUGUGCCUCACGGCCCGCCGCCGCCGCCUCCUCCUGCUCCUGCUCCUCCUCGUCCUGCGGCAGGCACCCCCCGCAGGUGCCGCCCCGGGCGGCGGUCGCCGGGCUGCCCCUCGCCUCAGGCCGGCGGCAGGCGGGGGGGGCUCGGGCGGGUGGCGGGACGGCGGGGCCGAGGCGCAGGCUGCCCCUUCCCCGCAGGGCCUGGACGCGCAGCCCGGGGAGGGCUCUGGAACGUCGCCGUUUCCCGCCCCGGUCAAAGUUUAUGUCAAGCUGAAUCACAACAGUCCACGUAUUUUAUGUCUGACAAAUCAUCUGCGAAACUUAGAACUGAUUGAUCCAAUAUUCCAGUGGAAUGGACCAGGUGGUGGUCUUUCUUCAGAAAAUAGCAGUGUGCAAAUAUCACCAACAGGAACUUUAAUAUUGAGACACUUCAACCUGAGUGGAGUUUACACUUGUUCCAUUGUUUAUAAGCUAACAGCAAUGCAACCUGAUAAAAACCUCAUAAUAAAAUAUCUUAUUUAUGCUUAUUCUGAUCCUAAAAAUUACUAUGAGUUCACAGCCCAGUAUCACACAGGCCCCUGCAACAGUUCUCGUAACACUUCUUUUGAGAAAGCAUUGCUUCAGAUACUAAGCAAACUUGUUGCUGAACUUUCUUGUGAGGUUACAUUAAUUAAGUCAGAAUGCCAUCAUGUAAAAAUGCAGAGAGGAGGUCUACAGAAUGAAAUCUUCUUUACAUUUUCAGUUGCUUCCUUAGACAGAGAAAAACACAACAGACUAUGUCAGCAAAGUGCUUGUGAUGCAACUCGUAGACUAAACAAGGCAAAACACCUUAUAGAGAGAUUUUUUAAGCAACAAGUGGAAGUUAGCAGGAAAAGUUCUGAACCGUUGCCUGAAAUAUACUACAUUGAAGGUACUCUGCAAAUGGUAUGGGUUGAUCGCUGCUAUCCAGGAUAUGGAAUGAAUGCUCUAAUACAUCCAGACUGUCCAGAGUGUUGUGUUAUAUGCAGCCCAGGAUCAUACAAUCCUAGCAAUGGAAUUCACUGUCUUCGGUGCGACAGCAGUUUGAUAUAUGGAGCAACAAAGUGCUAACAGCUGAGGGAUUUGCACUCUUGAAAUAGCUCUUACAUAUUUUAAUGUGAUAAUAUUAAUAAAUAUUUUUAAAAUGUGUACAGCUUGUUUUGGUAAUAUCAAUAGAAUGCAAUGAUUAAUCAGCACAUUGGUAAAAUAUUUGAGGUCAUACCACUUAGGACUACUUCAUUUUUAAGGUCUUUAGAAUAUCUGAUAGGUUAAUACCAAUAGAGACAACUAACUAAAUUGUAAGAAGAGAAUACAGAAGUAGAGGUUAUUUUGCAUACUUAGUCCUUUGCUGAUAGACCUCAGCUCCUCCUGACACAGACUGGUGUAAGGAGUCUGUGUUGUAGUUUUCAUCUACCUGUCUGUUCAGUUGUUGGUUAAGAGGAUUAUGGUGAACAGCUUAUGCUGUACAUCCAGCACUGAAAGGUCACAAAUGUUGCAAUGUAGCCUCAAAUGCAAGAAUACCCUAAAAACGUUCAAGAUAAAUUAUAAUAUCACUACUGACCGGUUGGUAACCUCUUCCCAAAGAAUGUAAAAUUCCACUUGGGUCAGCCAUCUGUUCCACCUUUAAAGAUACCAUGUUGAGCAUAACCCUGUUGCUCUUGCCUGAAGAAAACAAACAGUAACAUAAAAUACCAUGGUACUUUUUAUGACAUUCAUCUUCUUUACUUAAGACUGUUGAGAAUUACUAAAUGGUUGGCUCAAUGCAGUCCUUGUCAUUCAUUAAGAAAGCCUUAUUUAAGUUGGUAUUCAGUAACAGAAUCCUGUUUAAACCCAUUUGUUUUGUAUUUGCAGAUCAUACCCAUGCAAAUUGCAAAGUUUUUAAUAUUAGAGUUUAUUUAAUAAAUAUUAGAGUUUAUACUCUUUUUCCCCUUAGCUCUUUCUCCUAUCUAGUUCAUGUAUAAAAAUGAGCUACAUGUAAAGGCCAUUUUUAGCUCUUUGUCAUAUCUGGAAAAUGGGGUUUGUAGGUAUUUGUUUUUUCAAGCACAAAUAUGUACUACAGGUUUAAAUAUGUAUGUCUUCAGGAACUAUACUCUGAAAAAAGGAAUAAAAAGAAAUACUGUGCUACAUCUAAGAAGUAAUUUUUCAAUAUGAUGUAUUACCUCAAGAUACUAUACUAUAAGCAUCCCACUAAUAUACUGUUUACAUGACAGAGCCUGAAGCUCCAAAUAUAUUAUAUUUUGAUGUGAAGGACACAAAAAAACCAAAACCAGUACAUUUGAAAGUAACUAGUAAGACUGUAUGAUUUGCCUUUCUGGUUUGAAUGAACUGAAGUAACUUUUAUAUAAAACAUAUGCAAUUAAGACUUUUGAAAAAAAUGGAAAACAAGCAUUAUUAGCAUUCU